AUGAAUCGUCUCAGUGCUAUCAACGGACAUCUCCGUCCCGUUGGCGCAGCCAGCACCGGCACCGCCGAGAGUCAGGAGAGAGUAAAAACAGAUACCAAGGUAACUACAGACAGCUUGAUUGUUGUCGAUGAGCGAACAGGAAACGAAUAUAGUCUGCCUAUACAAAACGAUACCGUCCUGGCGAAGGACUUUGGCAAGAUUCGAAUACCGGGAGGCCCGCCGCUGCGCAUCUAUGACCCCGGUCAGAUGAACACUUGUGUGUGUACAUCUCGAAUCACAUACAUCGAUGGAGCCAAAGGCAUAUUGAGGUACCGCGGCUAUCCUAUUGAGACUCUGGCGGAGAGAGUGUCAUUCGAAGAAUGCGCUUUUCUGUUGAUGUAUGGGGAGCUGCCCACCGCCCCGCAACUGGCAUCAUACAGUGCCACGUUGAGAAGGUUGGGUGAUAUUCCUACGGACUUAAGAAGACUGAUCAAAACUUUCCGCCCUGAAGCACAUCCCAUGGGCGUUCUGAUGGCGUGUCUGGCUGCGGCUGGGACGAUUUAUCCGGAAGCAAACCCUUGCAUUGCCGGCCAGACUGUGUACAAGGAUGUACUUGUCAGGAACAAGCAUCUGCUUCAGGUGCUUGCUAUGACGCCUGCUAUAGCAGCGAACAUUCUCCGGCACAGACAAGGGCUUCCUCUUGUUAGCCCAGAUCCUAAACUAGGAUUUACCGCCGGCUUUUUGGCCAUGAUGGACAAGCGGGGCAGCUUACCAUGCUCUCCACAUCCAGUGCUCGUCAAAGCCCUGGAUAUUCUGUUCGUCCUCCAUGCGGACCACGAACUAAACUGUAGCACGGCCGCUGCUCGCCACGUGGCUUCCUCGAAUGCUGAUAUAUACACUUCGAUGGCUGCAGCGACCGGAGCCCUUUACGGGCCACGCCAUGGGGGGGCGAAUGAGGCUGUUGUGCGCAUGCUCGAGCGUAUAAAAACCAUUGACGCCGUCCCCGGAUUCAUUUCGAGGGUGAAGGAAAGGAAGGAGAAAUUGAUGGGCUUCGGGCACCGUGUAUAUAAAAGCUACGACCCAAGAGCAAACAUUAUUCGCCAGGUGGCGGAGCUUGUUUUCAAGGUCGUCGGAGACUCUCCUCUCAUUGUAGUGGCUCGAGAGUUGGAACGGAUGGCCAUGAAAGACCCAUACUUCACUUCACGCCGUCUGUACCCAAACGUCGAUUUCUACAGCGGUAUUAUAUACAAAGCCAUGGGCUUCCCCAUUGACUUUUUUCCGCUGCUGUUCGCCAUUCCGCGAAUGGCCGGCUGGACGGCGCACUUCAAUGAAUUCGUCAACGAUCCAGAAAAUCGGAUAGCACGGCCCUUUCAGGUGUAUCUGGGACAUGGACUCAGAAGCGAGGUCCCGCCGAUCAAGAAGAGACAGGAACUGGUUGCGGAUACUGCAUUCCAAGUUAAAAUUUCAGCAGACGACCGCCGCCAGCUCCUUUCUACGGCAAUCGAGGCAACACCGACGUCGGCCACAUGA